ACCUUGACAUAGCAACAAGUAGGUAAUAUGAUGAUUGAAGAUUAUAUCGUUAUCACUUGUGCAACCAAAUCCAUUGUUAGUUUUUCAACACGAAUUUAUAAAUUAUAGUUUAACAUUACAACUUAUAAACAUACACUGUUAACUGAAUAUAAUAUGCGCCUCAGCAUACUCGGUUACGGCGCAGCGUAGGAGGAAGGCGAACUUCAUCGUUUUGCUACCUUUGAAACGGUAAUCACCUUUUGAUGGAUUCUCCCGAGGAGUCAACCUUAUCGCGAAAUCGCGGUAAACAUGAUCGUGAAAAUGAGAUACCUAGAAACUGUAAGGGCACGUCGAAACAACCUGUACAAGGUGACUGUGAUGGAAAUGUGUUUACAUCAAUGUCACAUGAAUCAGAUUUACGUUCGAGGCCUCUGAACGGUCCGCGAGCUAGGAGUUUGAAUUCUUUGUCCAAUAAUGAGACUGGGCAACCAUCUAAUAGACUUAUGGAAAACAAUUUAAGACAAGAAAGUAGUAAUACCCCACAGACGUCAAAGAGUGUGAACAAGUUUAGUGUUAAUCAGUUUGAUCUCGUUAGUGCCUCCAAAUCUGACACAAAUGCCCGUGAUAAUGGCUUAAGCUCCGGCCAAGAUAAGCAAACAUGUCAAAAACACAAGGUAUGCUUGGAAUCUGUUAGUAACUCUUACAGUAUGAAUGCCCCUUCGACAAGUGGGGCCUCAACUAGCAGAAUUGGUGAAGUUCUGCUAGAUAACAGUGGUUUUAGGGAGAGUAGAAAAAGGCCAUCAAGCUUGAAGUUGAAUAAACCUAAUCUUGAAGCUGAUGACAGCUCUAGUGACACAGGGAAUGAUGAUUAUUCAUUAGGUUCAGAAGAUGGUUGUAUUUACACAUAUAGAGGUGGAGAGCAUUUGGCUGACUUGCCAAGUUCUUUCUUUAGCUUGGACAUGGGCUUGCCUUUGGAUAGGCAUCUUCCAUUGCUCCCAAACUAUCCAGUUGCUCAACCGGCUGGUCAGAAUGCUAGGGAACAUGGUUCGAGAAUAUCCAGCCCUGAUAUGGACUUUCUAGAAAUGGACUUUGACCCAGGGCCAUCAUGUGAAGUUGACACAGGUGAUGAGUCCACUCCUGAUGCCGACCUGGAUGUUGAGAACAUGCAUGAGGAGGAUGAUCCAGUUAUCGUUAGAGGGACAUCUCCAGAGUACUUGCCUAGUGUUGUGCAGCAACAACCAAUAGCUGUCGCAUCUAGUUCUCAAGCAAAUGUUGAACCAAAUGAUUACAAUGAGCCUUCUACUAGCAGAGGUGCAGAACCGGCGCAAGAGCCUGACAAUGCAAGAGGAGUCCAGACAUAUGGACCGUAUAUAACACAUGUAAAUGUUAGGGGUGAAAACAUUCUUGUUCGCAGAACUAUGUCAAAUUGCCCAAGCAACAAUAUUGUUUCAGUGCAUGCAUCUAGUGGAGAUUUAGUAUCACCAAGAGAAAUAUUAAAUUAUGAAGAGGAACAUGCAGAGCAGCCUUUGGCCUAUCAAAUUAAUCAAGGGGAGCGGCCGGCAUUUGACUCUGUCAACCUGUCCUCCGCCUUGUACCAUGUUACUAUGGCCAAGAAACUGAUGGUUGAGAAAAUUGCCUCUGAGAUAGAAAGUCAUGAUGCAGCAUCUAUGGAGCAGGAGUCCCAACCGGCUGAUGCAUCAAGCGAAGCUACUGUAGCUUGUGUGGAGCCGCCGCGAUGCAUGGUUUGGUCUGAACGCGAGGCGUGCGAGCGACAAGUUACCCAGAUCGGCACUUCAGCUUGCGGGGCCACGGCUGUCGUUAACACAUUUAUUGCAUUGGGGGUACCCGUGGACAUAGAAAGAAUUAAUACCGCUGUUGGAACUAGAUUGAGAGCAAAUAACGCACCUUUGCCGAGGUACCUAUUUUCGAGGGCGGUGGCGGGGUGCACGGCUGCUGAUUUAGUGGCGGGCAUACAGAGGGCUUCAGAGGGCCUGGUUACUGCAAGGUUCUUCCAUACGCACCCAGAAAGGGCCGUCUCACUGUCUCACUGGCUCGCUGAUUGGAUAUCACUGGGUGCAGUACCAAUCCUAACCCUUAACCUGCAAGUGGGCUGUGAAGGCGACAUCCCCGACGCGUGGCAUCAUCAGAUGGUGUUUGGGGUAUCAUCUAGGGGUAUCUACUUGACCAACCCUGUUGAGUGUGUACAAGAGUCGACCCUGUGGCCGCGCCUGACGUCACCGUCCGUGCUGCUGGUGCGAUCGAGGGACAUCUUGAGUAGGUUCACUGACCUAACACCGCUCAUGGUUGUGCCCGAUGAACGAUUUCACACUUUUAAUGUUCUUGGUCAAGUGGUGAACGUGAUACGCGAAUUUCGCGCCAACGGCUGGUCCGAACACGGUACGAGGACCCGUCACAUCCGCAUUCCGGCCUCCUACCAGGCAGGCAUCACUGUCGCCGCGCUCACAGGCUCCGAGGCGCACCGGCGCCUGAUGCACGCGCCACAGUUGCCCGUACUGUCGCCCGAGACAGGGCCAGCUUGAGGCCGACUACUAGUGCUACGGGUGUACAUGGUGAGCCGUAAAGUGAUUAGCAAGACAAAGAUGGACAUAACAUAAUUACACAAGGAUUAAUCUUUAGUGUUUGUUCAGACGGACCGCACUACAACUACACGAGAGCCGCAAAAAUGUCGCCAGGCAGUGGUCGUGUGGUGUACUGCAGGUGAAUGCCGCAGACAAAAUUACUAAGUACGUUGUUCGCGAUGCGGUAGAUCGCCGUUUAAUCAAUCCGAAACCAAAAAAGACCAAUUAAAAAUUCAACGUACCGCAAAAACCACCGAAUUUUAUGUAAUAGUCUCUGCAUGGAUACAAUUGAAUGUGUAUAAAAUUGUGUAAAAAAUUGCGUAGUUGGUAUAUAAGAAGGUAAGGUAAAUUAAGACUAUGUUCACACAAAAUUUAUACGUUAUAUUAUAUAAUUUGUGGGAUACAUAAAUUAUGUAUUUUAUGUAGAAACAGGGUUUACUACUACUAUUGAAAAAGCGUAUAAAACUCUCUCGAAGAAAUUUUUAAAUUGAGUGUAACAUGUAUUCAUUAUUAAUUAAUACCUAGCAAGGUUAGUUUUUAUCAAUAACAAAACCAUAUUUUUGUCAUACAAUAGACAGAACUGCCAAUAUGAAUGAACUCGAAUAUAUUGUUAUUAUAAUGUUUAUGCGCAGUAAAUUACUGAGGACACCUUAUGUAUCCUACGAAUGUAUUAUUUGGUGUACAAGCCAACUUACAAUUAGGAUUUUUAUAAAUGUAAUCUGUAUUUAUAUUGCUUUUUAUUGAAUUACUAGCUGUUGCCCGCGAUUUCAUCCUCGCCCCGCGGGAAGUAUCUUAUCCCGUGGAUUUUCCAAUAAAAAAAACUUUCAUAUAAACCUUGUCCUAACAGUUAUAAACAAUAAAAAAAGAAUUAUCCAAUUUGGUCCAGUCGUCUUCAAGUUAUGGCGUGACCAAGGGAAAUGGCGAUUCAUCUUUAUUUAUACAAUGAAUUAAACUAUUAUAAAUAUACCUAUGAUUACUAUCCUUGAAGGUGAAAGCCAGAUAUUAAGAUUAAUUAAGUAUUAUUUUAUUGUAAAGCAUUGGGAACUGAUUUUCAUAUCAAUGAACUGCAGUAAAUUUUUUGUACAUAAAUAUUUUAUUUUAUCAUUAAACUUGAUCUUAGAUUGCUCUGGGAUAACAAGUCUUAAGGUAGGGAUAAAUCUAGCGGAAACCUGUGAGCAGAAGAUUAUGCGGUACUCUACUUCAAUGUGUCUUAUUGAAAUAUUAGAAACAGAAUUACCGGUACUUUUAGCGUUACCAAAGUGCUGUUAAGUUAACGUUAAAAAGUAACGAUAAAAAUGAUGAUUCCCAUUCAUUCGUUAACGUUAUCGUGAUACUAUAAUACCGGUACAAGUAAAAUUACUUAUAUACCGGUAAUUAUACACCUUUAUUAUCUAACGAUGUCGGGUACAAAGUAGGAUCUUCGCUCGGCGCGCAUUUACCGUUAAGUGACGAUAAAAAUAUAAUGUUAAAUAACAUUGGCAUACUGCUACUAUUAACAUUACCCUUUUAACGUAACAACGAAUUAAUGUUUUGGUAGUUUAACGUUAAAAAUUUAGUAACGGUAACCGUCCCUGGUAAUAAAAGUGCCAUAUCUGGGCGGACGAGGCCCUGUCCAUGAUUGCAUUAUUCCUUUACCAAAGCAGAACCGACACGAAACCAUGGCAUUCAGCUAGCGAAAUUCCGCGUGCCGAAUUUCCGCUAGUUUUUUCCUACUUCAAACUAAUUCGGAACGAUGAAUACUUCUAUGGGAAGAUUUAGAUAGAUUUGGAGGUUGAACUAUUGAAUUAAAAUUACCGUGUAUUUAAUGCGUUUUUGGAUAAGUUUCAUAAUACUAAAUAAUAAAACUAGAUAUGGGUAGUUCUGGGUGGAUAUGUAUCCGCGACGCGCAACGUUUAUUGAUGAAAUGAAUUAAAAAAUUAAUGAAAUGAAAGAACUUGAAAUGAAAUAACUUUUUUCGCGUAGUACAACUUGUGCGAUGCCACAAUAUGCUAUGUUAGAACUCUACCACCGGUUUUGAAAGCAGAUUCUAUUGAAAAGAGUCAGCAAGAAAACGCAAACUUUUACAAUAUAUAAAUAUACAAUAUAUGUAUACAUACAAUACAACUUGAUAAGUCGUCUAACAACAGCAAACCAGUUCAUGUGCUAUACUUAAGUAAUAAAAUUAAAAAAUAAUCGCACGCAUUCUUGACUCGGUUGCUGUGGUAAUAGCAUAUCUAUUAGCGGUAGUCAGAAAAUGCAGUUUCGAAAAAAGAGCACAUGAAAUAUUGUUCUAAUGUGUUCUAAAAUGUUGAUUUUCAUGUUUUAUAGAUACAUAGAAGAAAGACCGUUUAUUUGACGAACAUUCCAUAAUAAUAAAUUCUGAUUUAAAAAAAUCUGGAAAUCUACGUUUUGCCCUAGUUAGUGGCUAUUGAGCUGGACUUAGGUUCAUGACACAAGACCUGAAUGUACAUUCGGAACGGAGUUCGAAGUUUCUGCGGACCAACCAAUCUCUACUUGAAGGUGUUUAGGUACUGACCAAGAGCAUUCGUUUGUAAUGUAACAGCUUGGAUUCAAGCUUCAAGCCAAGCGCUACAUUCGUUUGUAAUAAAUAAUGAUACAACUUUGACCUUUGCUGUAGACUGUAGAGAGUGCUGUAGUGAGUGAGCGAGUAUUAAAUUGUAUUUUCUUCUGGCAGGUACUGUACCACUAUAAUGUAAUGCUCAAAAUUGAAUGUCAAAUUAUUACAUUGCAUAUUAAUGUAUAUGUAAAUGCCUGGUCAGUACGCACAACAUUUUCGUAUCGUUUCGUAUGUGCGUAUCGUUUAACAUACAGAACUGUGUUAAACAUAUAUGUGGUUCCAUGCCCUAUAUAUAGUCAUCUGAGUGCAGGCUUUCUUGUGACCUUCUCUCUUCUUCGUUUCUUGUGUGUAAUUGGCUAAAUUUUAUUAGCCACCAAAACAAUUGUAUAUAAUUUUGUAAGGAUAUAAAUAUUACGUAUAUUAGUCAAUUGGUGCUUGCUAGUCAAAAUUAAAUUAGCACAUACGUCUAUAUACUCAUUAUUAACACAAGUAAACUAUAAAAAAAACAUUGUACACUCAUAAUAUCGUAUAAAACUUUUCGUUAGCUUUAUGUAUCUAAGGCUCAAACAUCAUAAAAUGUUUAAUAUGGCGUUAAAAAACACACGCUGAUCGUUGUGUAUAGCCACAACUGCCAUUCUAUCAGCAAGCUUGGUAAGCUUUGUGACGAUUGUAACCACAAUUAAAUGCUCUGUAGUAACAAGAAUACCUACCACAAUUUAAUUUCCCACGUCAACCACAACUAUUAAAACAAUAAGAUAAAAUCAAUCAAAAAAUGAGAAAAAAAUCCGUGGGUUCAGCAGAAAGUUGAACCCACGGAAUUGAGUGACAUGACGUAACGCGCUAAUACGUAUAUAAUCGGGCACCGAAUUACCGGUAUUUUUUUGUAGUGUUACCAAAGUACCGUUAUGUUAACGUUAAAAAGUAACGAGAUACCCUUACAUCCAUUAACGUUGUCGAAAUACCAUAAUUAAUACCGGUAAAAGUAACAAUACUGGUAAUUAUACACCAGAAAAAGUAGCAUCUUCGCUCGACGUGCAUUUACUGCUAUUAGAUAAUAAUCUGAGAUAAUUGUAUUAGACGAAGAAAUCAAAAUUAUUUAGACGCACGACAGUGCGUAAUCCAAAACUUGAACGCAUUUCAUACACACCGACUUCCAAAAACGAGAAAGUUCUCAUUUUUAUGCGUAUUUUUAAUAUUCCUAUGGUUUAUGGUUGGUAUUGGUUAAUAAUUUUACAUUUCAUAAUUUGUAUCGAUGGAAUCGUAAGGUAACUAGGUAACCAAUUGUGUAAAAAUUAUAUUUUCCUUAUACUUAUUAUAAUAUAGUGCCUACCUAUAAAUUACACAUUUUAGUAUUAUUUCUUGAAUCCUAUUAUGGCCAAUUGCCAUUAAAAACGUUAUCUACUUCGCAUGUAUAAGUAUGUACCGUACAAGUUUACAAUAUCAUUUAAAUAUGAUGGCAGUAAGUAUAUAAUAUUAAUUUUACUAACCAACUUCUAAAAAAGGAGGUUCUCUAUUCGACUGAAUGUUUUUUUAACAAACUGCUAGUGCGUGUCAGGACAGCACAGUUCCGUAUGCUAGUUGCUAAAGAUUUCGUCAGUAGGUUUUUCGGAAAACUGUCUAAGAAACUUUACAAUAAUUUUAAAAUCAAGGAGCCUCUCGAGGGGUUUAACAUAAUUUUUUAACCACAACAAAUAAGGAAAUUAUUUCGGACAUUUUACUGAGAUACUGCAGAGCUAUUUAUACCUGAAACCAACUUAAAACCAGUUUAAACCUUUUUACUGGCAGGUCAUAAUGGAAAUGAACGUUGAGCUUGUUUUCCUACGGUAAGCAGUGCUUUUACACCUCUAUGGCCUGCACGCCAAUGCUUGAAACACGUCAAACGCUGCUGUUUGGCGUGAUGCUGACUUCUUGGAUUAGAUACCUAUCUCUAGCAAUAUACAACUAGGAGCCGCGAUAUACAUGGAUAUAAUACCUACUAAGUUACUAUGUUUCAGCCCUUAGUUUCAAAAAUGCCAUGCAAAGCGGAAUUCACAUUACGAAAUUACUUUCAUGCAUGAGAUUAAUGUCACGCAACUAAUUUCAAUACGCACGAAAUUAGACGUUAACACGUGAAAUUGCUUGUGAAAUUAAUUUCAUGCCACUAAAUUCGUAAUGUAAACUCGGCUUUAUUUUUAUUAGCAGCACAGUAGAAAAGUUGUUAAGUUGGUUAUUUGCUUUAUUAUUUUAGUAGUUAUUAUAAAGGUUGUAAACAUUUACUGUAACUCUACGUAAUAUUGAUGAAGCAAUGUUAUUAUAACAUUAUAUUUUUGGAAUAUACUAUCAUAGAAUA